GGAACGUAUAACUUUCUCUUACUACCUGAAAACCUAUAAAGAAAGAUAAUAAAACUUGGAGAAAGCAAUUGGCGUUGGCCCAAAACUAUUAUAUGUUAAAAAGAAAUUCGACAAGUUCCAAAGAGUUUCAUAAAAUUUUCUUAGAGAUUACUUCUCCAAAGGUCAAAUCAUAAAUCAUAAAUUCAAAAUCCCUACCGAAAUCGUUUCUAUAUAUAAUAUCCUGUAUAAAGCAAAAUUCUAUAUAAAUCCGAAGAAUUAGUACAAAAUAAGUCAGUUCACGAUGAGUUUCCAAAGUAUGAAAACGAUUUUCUAUGUCACGUUCGUUCUGAUCGUAUGUCGCGAGUGUUAUAGUUAUUCGAGUGUAGUGAAAGUUCAUGUAAACAUUUCGACGAAUUACAAAAAUAAUAAUCAUGGAAUUUUGAAAGGAAAAAUCGCGGAACUUACGGAUGAAAAAAUUACAAACGAAGACACAAGAAUAACAGGCGGAGAAUACGCAAGAGAAAGACAAUUUCCUUUCAUCAGUGUCGUACAUCGACUCGUUGGUAAUGGAGUGAUCUCUCAAUGUGGCGGAAGUAUCCUAUCGAAACGAUGGGUAUUAACAGCAGGCCACUGUAUCGCAGAAUCGCCUCGUAGAUUUUUUCUCGUUUUCGGUAUUAUCAACAAAUCUGGUAUCAAAUACGAUAAAAAUAUUGGUCCUGGAAUUUCGAUGAUCACAACACGAGCGUAUCUUCAUCCAGGAUACAUACAAGUUAUCAAUGAUAUUGGAUUAUUAUAUAUGCCUAUUGACAUCCCUUUUACAAAUUCGAUUCAACCUAUUUCACUUGCUGGUUAUAACGAUCUAUACACGAAUUACAAACAUGCAACAGCAAUCGUUAUCGGAUGGGGUAAAGAGAGAGCCACUGGUUCCACUACUCAAGCUUUGAAAUAUGCUCGACUGUCGGUAAUUACUAACAGGGAAUGUAGAUUACAUUGGCAAAUAGACGAGAGAAAUAUUUGUACAGCGUUUGGUUCUGGUCAACACGCUUGCCAAGGUGAUAGCGGUGGUCCUCUUAUCGUACAAACUACGAAUAAACAAUAUAUUCAAAUUGGAAUUGUAAGUUAUGGAGAUGCUAAUUGUCCCAGCAAUAAACCUGGUGUAUUCACAAGAGUAGCUGCAUUCACCAGAUGGAUCAAAUGGAUCACUAAUAGAAUACGAUACUAAAUUACUUAUAUAUAUA